AUGCAGCAGCUCAAAAGUAUCGUGAUGGGCAUCCAGAACCAGGCCAACACUCUGGAGCAGAACUUGCAUGACAAGGUUGGCGCCGAACAAAUUCAGCAAUUGAAGACAGCACUGGCUGCAUCGCAGGCUCAGCUCUCAAGCAUUGAGCAACAGUUGCAAGAGAAGGCCACGGCAGGUCAACAGCAGCAGUUGAAGACCUCUCUGACGACUUUGGAAGCGAAGGUCGUAAGCUGUGACCAGGUUCUGCAAUCAAAGGUGGAUGGAGUGCAGUGGAAUCAGUUGAAUGACUCUGUCAGCGUAGUGCAAAACAAGGUUUGCAACAUCGAGCGCGGCGUUUGGGAAGGCAUGGACUGCGUUCAGGCUUUGGAAGGCGCCUUGACCAGCUUGAAGGGACAAGCGGCAACGAUGGAGCACAACAUGCAGGAGAAGGUCACUAUGGCAGAAUUCCAACGGCUUGGUGACGCGGUGCUUACUUUGAAGGGUAAGGUGGGAUCCUUGGAACAGAAUCUCCGAAAGGGUGCCGAGCACGUAACUGACGUAGAGGGUGCUGUGGCGGGCUUUGGCAAGCAGCUUGCUACCUUCAAGCAGGUGUUUGGUGAUCUGCACCAAUCUUCGCAGGCCCGGAUGCUGACGCUGGACCUCGACCACGUUCCAGGAGGAGAACGCAGAAGCCGAGCUCAACGUGAUGCCCCUCGAUCGGCCUCCAGAAGUCGCAGCUGA